GGCCGUCGGUGCUGGAUAUCAUGGCCAUGAGGUCUGACGAUCCGAUGCCAAGGUCGGUGAUAUCCUAGUCACAUGACCCGCCGUGCUGCGGAAGUAUUCAUGGUGUGGAUAUGAGGGUUUUCUGAGGCUUCUCGACAUGUUCAGAAGAAAAACUUCUUCCAGAAACACCCAUGGCGCCAACAAUGGUGGCCGGCGCAGCCAGCGAUGCGGCAAGCGUUGCGGACGUGUUCCUCGAGGCGAUGGCGCCAAACGCGUUGCAGCGCGCUCAAUUCCCCGAUCCCGCAGGUGAGCGGUUCGUGCGGGACUGGUUUGCCCAGGACGUCGUGCGGCAUGUGCAAGAUGCUGACAAGGGUCUCCUGGUUGCUCGGUCUGAGGAUGGCGAGAUUAUCAGCUUUGUCAAGUGGCUGGUACACUCACCUCGGGCAUCUCAGGAGGCGCCGGAAGAGCAGGAUGUCUGGCCGGAGACGAGUAACAUAAAGGUCUUGGAGACGUAUACGGCCCUGACGGCCAAGGUGCGAGAGGACGUCCUCGGACAGACGGCCUACUACCAUGUGUCGUAUCUCUGCACCAAGCCUGGGCAUACUGGGCAGGGCGCAGCCUCUGGCCUCUUGAAACUGGUUCAGGAGAGAGCUUCAAAGGAUGGCAUGGCUGUGAUCCUGGAGAGUACCAUGAAUGUUGUGUCGUUCUACGAGAGGCUCGGUUUUCGAGUAGCCUUGAAGUUUGAUCUUCUCUUGCCACCACCAGGGGGCCAGUGGACGGAGCUCUAUGAGGAGAGAUCCAUGGUUUGGAAGCCGGAUGGGAAAGGUUGAGAACUAGAGAGUAGGGGGGGACGAUAAAGGUUUCUCCCUUUGAAUCCGUGUGUACACGCUCACAUAUCCGCCAUGGACCUUGCCACGCUCGGGAAGUUACUUGCGUCUCAACUGGCGGCACUUGGUCUCGUAUCGUCCUCGAACAAGAUCAUCCGUACGCGUACUUACUAUAAGGUGUUGGUUCGCGCGCCCGGGCUUCUCCGUCUCAUGCAAUGGAACUAGGGCAUCGACCUGAAGUCUUGAAUGUGCGGCGGGGGUCGUUGAGAUAACUUGAAUGGAAGCGUGGGAUGUGCACAGGAAAUGGCACUUGGCGACUCUGCACUCUAGCCAGGCUGUUUGCUGGUUCCUCACUUUGC